UCAUCUGCCAUAGGAAACCAUAUCCCUUAGACAUGAUGUCCUCGCUACAGAAACCAUUCUCAAUGUUUCUCCGAGUCCUUUUUUUUUCUCCUUCUAAUGUGCAUAAUUCCUUCUUUCUUUGCCUUCCCUUCUAAUUCCUCUGCAACUUCAUUUGGUGCUGCCAAAUAUGAAGCUGCUGAAGGUAAUGAAGAAGCGGAGGCUCUCCUGAAAUGGAGAGCAAGUCUUGAUGACAGCCACAGCCAGUCUGUCCUGUCUUCUUGGGUUGGCAGCAGCCCUUGCAAGUGGCUUGGAAUCACUUGUGACAAUUCUGGAAGUGUCGCGAAUUUCAGCCUUCCACAUUUUGGUCUGAGAGGUACGCUUCAUAGUUUCAACUUCUCAUCCUUCCCCAAUCUUCUCACUCUCAAUCUCAGGAACAAUUCACUCUAUGGAACUAUUCCAUCCCACAUUAGUAACCUGACCAAAAUCACCAAUUUAAACUUGUGUCAUAAUCAUUUCAAUGGUUCUUUGCCCCCCGAGAUGAAUAAUCUCACGCAUUUGAUGGUUUUGCACUUGUUUUCAAACAAUUUCACUGGCCAUUUACCACGAGACUUGUGCCUUGGUGGGUUACUUGUAAAUUUUACAGCCUCCUACAAUCAUUUUUCUGGUCCAAUCCCUAAAAGCUUGCGAAAUUGUACUAGUCUAUUUAGAGUUAGGCUUGACUGGAACCAAUUGACAGGGAAUAUUUCUGAAGAUUUUGGCCUCUACCCGAACUUGAACUAUGUGGACCUAAGUCACAAUAAUUUGUAUGGUGAGCUUACAUGGAAAUGGGGAGGUUUUAACAACUUGACGAGCCUAAAAUUGUCAAACAAUAAUAUCACCGGUGAGAUACCAUCGGAGAUUGCAAAGGCUACUGGGCUACAAAUGAUUGAUCUCUCGUCAAAUCUCCUAAAGGGGACAAUUCCAAAAGAAUUGGGGAAGUUGAAGGCGUUGUACAACCUUACUCUUCAUAACAACCAUCUUUUUGGUGUCGUUCCCUUUGAAAUCCAAAUGCUAUCUCAACUUCGUGCCCUUAAUUUAGCUUCUAAUAAUCUUGGUGGAUCAAUCCCAAAACAAUUGGGAGAGUGCUCAAAUUUAUUACAGUUGAACUUGAGUCAUAAUAAGUUCAUAGGGAGCAUCCCAUCUGAGAUAGGCUUCCUGCAUUUUCUUGGAGAUCUAGAUCUCAGUGGGAAUCUACUGGCAGGAGAGAUACCAUCAGAAAUUGGGCAAUUGAAACAGUUAGAAACGAUGAACCUCUCUCACAACAAACUUUCCGGUUUGAUUCCAACUGCUUUUGUAGAUUUGGUGAGCUUGACAACUGUAGACAUCUCCUACAAUGAACUAGAGGGCCCUAUCCCCAAAAUCAAAGGCUUCAUUGAAGCUCCAUUGGAAGCUUUUAUGAAUAAUAGUGGUCUCUGUGGAAAUGCCAAUGGUCUAAAGCCUUGUACACUUCUUACAAGCAGGAAAAAGAGCAACAAGAUUGUCAUUUUGAUUCUUUUUCCUCUCCUAGGAAGUCUACUUCUACUACUUAUCAUGGUUGGGUGUUUAUACUUUCACCACCAAACAAGUAGAGAAAGAAUUUCUUGUUUAGGAGAGCGACAAAGUCCACUCAGUUUUGUAGUUUGGGGCCAUGAGGAAGAGAUCCUACAUGAAACUAUCAUCCAGGCCACUAAUAAUUUCAACUUCAAUAACUGCAUUGGGAAAGGGGGAUAUGGAAUUGUUUAUCGAGCCAUGUUGCCAACAGGUCAGGUGGUUGCCGUGAAGAAACUCCACCCAUCAAGAGAUGGCGAGCUUAUGAAUUUGAGAACUUUUAGAAAUGAGAUUCGCAUGUUAAUAGAUAUUCGACAUCGGAAUAUUGUGAAGUUACAUGGAUUUUGUUCAUUAAUAGAGCACUCUUUUUUAGUUUACGAGUUCAUAGAAAGGGGAAGUUUGAAGAUGAAUUUAUCAAGCGAAGAACAGGUAAUGGACUUGGAUUGGAAUAGAAGGCUUAAUGUUGUUAAAGGAGUGGCCAGUGCAUUAUCCUAUUUGCACCAUGAUUGCUCGCCUCCAAUCAUUCAUCGAGACAUUUCCAGCAGCAAUGUUCUUUUAGAUUCGGAAUACGAGGCUCAUGUUUCGGAUUUUGGGACAGCUCGGCUCUUGAUGCCUGACUCAACCAACUGGACCUCAUUUGCUGGCACCUUGGGAUACACAGCUCCAGAGCUAGCUUACACAAUGAGAGUGAACGAGAAGUGCGAUGUCUACAGCUUUGGAGUGGUCACAAUGGAAGUAAUAAUGGGAAUGCAUCCGGGUGAUCUCAUCUCAUUUCUUUAUGCAUCUGCAUUUUCCUCCUCGUCGUGCUCACAAAUCAACCAGCAUGCAUUGUUGAAGGAUGUGAUAGAUCAACGUAUCCCACUUCCUGAAAAUCGAGUUGCAGAAGGUGUGGUCUCCAUUAUCAAAAUAGCAUUUGCGUGCUUGCUUGCCAAUCCCCAAUCUAGGCCAACCAUGCGACAAGUAGCUUCGGAGCUCAUAGCUCGAUGGCCUCCGCUGCCAAAGUCAUUCUCCGCAAUAACAUUGGAAGAUCUGAUGCCUCAAACAACUGUAACAGGCUGAGAAUUUUCCAAAAGAUUUUGUAUAAUUAGUAUGUGAUUGUUGCGACUUAUGUUCCUUUCAACUUUCGUCUUUUUGUUUGUAAUAAAUUAUUUCUCUGCUUUGUA